UUUGUUUCGACGUCCCUGAGUGCAACCAUAAAAAUGCCACGCGAGAUUAAAAUGUAUGUAUGCGGUCGCCGAGUCACAGCUGUAGGAUUCGAAGGAAUCUAAAACGUUCGGUUUACCCUAGUUUUAACUAAAUCUAAUUGGAUUCAUAUUUUCUUCAAACGUUGCGCAACAAGACGAAAAAAUAGGAUCACUGAGAACAUUAGCAAUAACAUACAAUCACACAAUUGAAUUAAGUCAAUCUUGUGAAAACCAUUUUCUGCGAAACUAAGAAACAAUACAGGAUAGUCAAUUAUAAGCAACUAUCGCAUCUUUUAUCUUCCUUUUUUGUGUGGAAGGAACGCCGCUACUGCCGAAAAGCACACGUUUGCAAUUAACGCAUUCGCAGAGCGCAGCAAGAGGACGGAGCGAACGCUCAGCUACAGCAAUCAGGGGAAGAAUCAGCUGGGACCAGCGAAUCUGUGUCAGGCUGGGGGCUAAAGUAGCGCAAGGGUUUUACCGAAUGCUCAGUAUUCGGCCGUCCUCCUCGCUAGGUGGUUGCGCGGCGCGCGCGGAUUCGCAUCAACGUAAUACCGCGCGCAUUAUCCUCCUCUUCGGCCACAGCUCGUAUUGUUCAUCUUCGCAACGCGCCGUGCAGCCUAUCUUCAAUCUUUCAUUAACGUUAAUCGUUACGGGACCAUUGAACAUUUUGUACGAUAAAAUCAUCUAUACAUAUUAUAUGUAUGUACAAAUAUGUAAAUUAAAAUCGAUUGGCGCAAAAACAAGUUUCAUUUACAACGAAUUCCGAGUAUAACAAAAUGGUAUUUGGAACUAUAUGAAGAGAAUAUCGGUGACACGAUGUUGCAGUUAAAACAAAGCAAACAAGAUUGCGCGUUGGUGGAACAGCAUUUAAUCAACAAAUAACGGUGCGUGACACCGUUUCUAAGGAAUCCUGCUCGAGUUUAUAAGUGAUAAUCAAUAAGAUGAACAGUGAAAACAACUGUUUGCUAAGUGUCUACGACUAAAUUCCUGAUUUGUCAUGAUGUUUCAACACUUCGCUGCCCGAUAACUGUGAAUCGAACCAGGAAUAUUAAUCCUUUUUCAAAGAAAAGGACCAAGAUAAAAUAAUAGAUUUAUCAGUGCAUUGUUGCGUAUAUUGAAUAUUCUUAAGACACGCGCGAGCAAUGCAAAGCUAAUACCACUAUCGUACAACAAGAAAGUAGCGGAAGCCGGUGUUUGGUAAAAGAAGCGCGCGUUAAUUAGUUGUGAAGUGGUAUUAACGGAAAGCUCGACAAAAUGUUCAAUCUCUACCAAAAUUUGAACAAGAAAGAUGAGGAUCACAAAGAGCCAGUUGUUACUGGGCACGAUCGGUUCUGGCAGGAACGGCCGAGGACCCGUCGGAAACGUCGCGCCGUCAAUCGUAGAACUCAAAGCGCCAUUGAACUCGAUUCUGAGGCUGUGAUUUCCGCUCGAGGCACUCUCCGCCGCGGAAGAAGCGCGAGCAUCGAGGACGAUGACAGCGAUGAGGAAAAGAGCUACCAGUUGAGCAAUAAAAUCGACAAUCUAGCCAAAAUAUUAUUUAGUCGUGUGUCCGCUGCACGGAAGGAAUCCGACGUCAGAGAGAGAUGGCCGCUCACUAAUAACGCUAACACAACUGAUCCAGUUUGCAGUCGUUGGUGCGUGAAUCCAAUCUGUUAUUGGUAUCGCUUGAGAAACCGUUCACCGGAACCAGAAAUAAUACGUAGAACCAAUUAUAAUUUUCCGAAUAACGAUGCUACUGAUACUGAUGGGAAUGGGAGACACAACUACACAGCGCUGGGUCACGGACCAUCCGUUUGCGAGGACGUUGGCGAGUACAUGGAAAUGGAAAAAAGGUCCCGAGACCGUGCCUUAUCAAUCUUUCAGGCUUAUAUUCGUAAAACGCCGCGCUACUCUCUUGUCAAGCAGCUGAACAACAUCGGCUCCAGGAUGGACAAACAUUGGUUCACAGUAAGAGACACUUGCCUAAAGACCGAUCGAUUGAUCACCUUAGCACCGUUGAGUAGAAAUUGUCCAUUGAGCAUAUCUUCGCUGGCGAAGAACGUUCUGAACGACUUGUUCUUGGCUUUGCAACAUCCGUACAUAUGCCCUAUAUUUGACAUUGAUUUUCUCGAGUACGAUGGUCAAAACUACGUGAUCGUGGUGCAACCGAUCAGUCAAGGCAGUCUCAAGGAUUUGAUAUAUGGGAUCGAGAGGACAGGAUGGAACGAAGAUUGGAGUCAAAAAUACGGUUCCCGCGGCAAAGGUCUCCCAUUGCCUCAAGUUCAACAAAUGGGACGGCAAGUCUUAGAAGCCUUGGUGUUUUUGAAAGAAAGAGGGUUCCCAACCGUGACCCACUUGCAUUCGGGUAACGUGCUCGUUCAAAACGGUGUCGCGCGACUGGCCGGCCUCGAAAAUACGCUUCUCGGUUUUACCAGCCGAAUACAUCCAUUGAUCGUCUCCCGAAUGUCACAGUCUAUCUCGGUGGAUAUGCUAUGCUUCGGUCAUAUGCUGUUUGAAAUGUGUGCUGGUUACGAAUUACCAUCGUUCAAACCGAAUUCUGUGCAUCUGUCCGAUCUUGAAAUGUAUCCACAAGUACAAGUUGUUGAACUAUUAAAGUUCAUAUUUGGCGACUCGUGUAAUCGACAUAAGAUUGUCGAAGAGCUUCUCGUCCAUGAUUUGUUCAGAAACAUCGAUCUUCGUGAAAUGCGAAGUGCUCCAGUCACGAUAUUUCGUCCAACGUUAACGCCGCCCAUAAUGAAUUUACUCGACGGCAUUAAGCGACAAACUGCUAAUAAAAGAAUCCCGCAUUUGAAUACCGAAGACAUCGAUACCACAUCUCGGCAUAGACCAGACACCGUUUGCAACGGUUCUUUACUCGACGAGAUAUACAACGAGCUUUCAAACACGGCUUUAUAAUCCUGGGAACAAAAUCUAUUUUACCGUAAAUUUUACCUUUAGCAUAUUCGUACGUUUCUGUACCAUGUGCCAAAAAUUAUUCUCAUCUUUACUCUGAGUAGUUAUUCGAUUGUAAUAAGUUUAAUAUGUAAAUAAAGUAAAGAAAAAAAAUAAGAAUUGUCAGAACAACGAAGAAAACGUAUAGACAAUAAAAUGUGAGAUUGAGACGAAAGGAAGGACAGAUAAAUUUCACAAGUGUAAUUUAUUUUUAUUACUUAAAAUAUCAAAAAACACCCAAGACUUCCACGUCUGCGGAAAAGGUAGGGAGAAGCGGUAAUAUAGAGCUUCACAAUGAAUUCCGUCGACUAUCGUUUUUUCGACAAUUUUUUUAACACUUACGCUCAUUAUUCAAGUCGACGAAGUUAGAAGAAAAAAGAAAGAAACCGUUCUAAUACAUUUCAAUCCAUGUUCAAUUUUUUAUGCAAGCAACGAAACAAUCAAAUGAAUAUUUGGAUUAAUAUAAUUACAUGAUUAGGUAGAGACAUGAGUAUGUCAACAUAAAUUCAAUACCAUUAGAAAUGUUACUCUCUAAUGUACAUAGUACAUAAAUCUAUAAAUAUACAAAUCACAGAAUGAAAAAACUACUGCAGAAGUGAUCGUGCUAAUAUGUAAUCAAGGUAUUUGUAAAUGUAAUAUCGGUAAUAAAAGUAACAAUUAUUGCUU